UAGUUCCCCAUUCUGCGAAGGGAAGCGUUCAGCAACACAUCUCUCCGUGACCUGGUUUGCGCAGGCAUAAACUCGGAUUCUCGUUGAGUCGUUGGCACCAUGGAACUGGAGAUGUCCAUGUGUUUAUAACCGGAUGUAAAAUGCCAUGAAGCGCGAAGAUGUAAACCAAAGAGGGAAUUCUGAAAAUGCAAAGUAAUUGCAACCACUAUUGGCUAUUCUCCAGAAUAAUUGUCUCGUGAAAUAGUCUGAUAAACUGAAGCUCGAGUGAAACUUAUAAACCCCUGUGAGAGGAGCAGCUUCUACCAGCAACAUUAUUCAGCCCUGUAGCUCAUCAGUCCCUGAAGUAUCAAUCAUGAUGUAGACGAAAUGUAGACUGAGCAGUAUAUUUCUUGAAAAGCUUUUCACAAGUUUUUUGAGGUAAAUGCUAAGACAACAACGUUAUAGCCUAGUUACACAGGUACUUAUACAAUAUAUGCAUACACAUGGAAACGAGGGUGAGCAGAGAGAGCAUAUUGUAAGUAAAUAUUUUCACGUGCAUGAACACUGUCCAUGUCUCUGCCCCUGUCUAGAUGUCAAACACAAACAUUGAUCUGUUGUUGACCAUUGCACUUUCAUAUUAACCUAAAUAUCAUACAUGUAUACAUACAUCUUGUUAGUCUACUAAAAUUCUCAGUUUUCUUAAUUAUUAUUAUUUUUAUAAAACAUAGGUUACUGUAUUGUCUGUUGUUUCUGAUAGAAUGCCCAAGUGGUGAAACCAAAUGCUUUUGUUCCUUGUCAAUAUCCCAUUCUUGCUUUCAGUCUUCUACCAGAACAAGGUGACCUGUCUUUCACCCAGGCGCCUGCAGCCGCAAAGGAUAUCGUAUCUCUCAGCUUGGCCAGAAAUUAAUCAGUUACAGCUCAGAGAGGGAGUUGCCGAUAGCAGCAUACACACACAAGCCUUGCAGCAAUGGUGGACCACUGUGACCUACUUCAUGAAGCCCCCUGCAACAGCGGAACAUAGAUCGUUCUCUCUCCCACUGCAAGUUCUACCGUUGCUAUAAUGAGACCAAAUGUGAGACUGCACGGCCUGUGAACUUGGCUCAAUGUAAGAGGGAGAGCAGGCACAUCGAAGGAGAGACGGAGACAUCGGACAGAGGGGGAGUUACGGAAGAGAAGGAAGUGAGGAACAAAACUACAGACUACUGACAAAAAGAUGCAAAGAAGCCCCACGCACAGAGCAUGAGGUGGAGAGUUGGAAAAUAUUAGAGAGGGAGAAGACUGCGUUGUAUUAGCUUUCUUAAUUCAAUAAGGGUCCCACCCUGGUUUCCUGCUGCAACAUUAUUGACUGAAAUUAGGGGGAGAAGCUAAACGACUAUAACCUAGUGUAGUACUGUCAUGCCCUGCACUACCAUGGAGAAUAAAACCUGCCUUCCAUAAGGGCAUCUUUCAUACUGCACCAUCUGGACGUCACUGGAAACAUGAGGUACAUUCACAAUGGUCCUAGCCUAGCAGUCUAGGACCAGUCCACAAUUGAUUUGUACCAAAAAGCAGAAGUUGUGAUCGUUUCUCAGACCAACUUCCUCAACAUCCUGACCUAGUGUCAGCAUAAUUUGCUUCGCCACAGCAAGCCUUGAUCGGGGUGUUUUGAAGUAAAACAAUUGGUCUGAAGAAGCUCUGAGAAUGAUGACCAUGUCUCUGCUGGCCACCGCCGGACCAGAAAGUGGGGUGACCCAGCUCGUCCCCAUUCCCACGCUGAACAUCCUUCCCCCAUCCUCAGACACCGAGGCCUGGUCCCGCUUUCCCAGCCCUCGGCCUCCCCUCCGCCACCGGCUCACCCACCCCCACCGGAGCAGAGGCCGGACCAAGAAGAGGAGUGAUGGAGAACAAGAGGAGUCAUCCAAACCCCGGUGGAACGGCACUGAGGAGGAGAGGGUGAAGGGGAGCGCUACUCCUCAAGGAAGCCCCUCACCUCUCCCUUCACCCCUCUUGCCCCCCCAUGUGGAGGACACAGUCCUGGGCCCUUCCCUGGACCUCUUGCUACCCCCGUCGUCUCGCAUCUCCUGGUCACGUAGCUCGUCUCUCGGCCGGCGCUCACGCUGGUCCCUCAGGAGUCUGCUCAGCAGGGAGUCUGACUGGGACAGCUGCAGUACCGCCAGUAACUCUCCGCGCAGCACCCCUGGCAGCUCCCCCUCUCUGCGCCGUCGGGUGCUGGGGGGUAGUGGUGGGGGUGGAAGCAGGACCAGUGACGUGGAGGUUGGCCCGGGGGAGCGCAGUGGGGAAAGGAGAGGUUCAGACAGCCCCCUGCCCUCCGCCGCUGCUUCCGCAUACCCCGUCGCCUCACGCCAUUUCAGCCGCAACGCCAAGAAAAUGCAGAGCUGGUACAAUGUUCUCAGUCCAACUUAUAAACAGCGCAAUGAGGAUUUCCGUAAACUCUUCAAGAAGCUGCCAGACACAGAACGCCUCAUAGUGGACUACUCAUGUGCGCUGCAGAAAGACAUUCUACUCCAGGGGAGACUCUAUCUGUCAGAGAACUGGCUCUGCUUCUAUAGCAAUAUCUUCCGCUGGGAAACCACUAUUACAAUCCUGCUGAAAGAUGUGACCACCCUGACCAAGGAGAAGACUGCCAAGGUCAUCCCCAACGCCAUUCAGAUCAGCACCGACCACGACAAGCACUUCUUCACAUCUUUCGGGGCGAGGGACCGCAGCUACAUGAUGAUGUUCAGACUGUGGCAGAACGCACUGAUGGACAAGCCUCUUUCCCCAAAGGAGCUGUGGCACAUCGUCCAUCAGUGUUACGGCACUGAGCUGGGCCUCACCAGUGAAGACGAUGACUAUGUCUCCCCCACCGACGAGCACAUUAACGGUCUACUGCCAGUGGAUGAGUCGGUCUCUGUCUCUGACCUGUUGGACCUCAGCUCCUUGGGGGCCAUAGCUUCUCUGGGCAGCUCGCCCUCCUCCAUGGCAGCCUUGUUCCCCAGUGGCCCCCUCCUAGCCAGCGGUGGUCUGGGCUCCUCUCCUCCCUCCUCAUCCACCUGUCUGCCCGUAGACAUCCCCGGCAGCCCCUCCCUCGACCCCCCGGACCCCAGCCCGCCCAGCUCCCAGAGUUCCCUGCCCUCCACUACACACACCGCCUCCUUGUCCGCCCCCGCCUCGGCUGCUGCCUCUUUCUAUGUGGAGGAGGACGGAGACUUCCUGUUGGAGUCUGCCAAUCACAUGAUGCCCCCGUCUGCCACCAGCCUGGGAAACCUCUCCUCAUUGGACCAGCUCACCAACGACGACGAGCUGCCCACUGACCCCAGCAACUCCUCAGACACACAGGAAGAGGACGAGGUGGAGUCGUUCUGUGCGGACCUGGCCGGCCGGCUACACAUCAACAUGGCAGUGCGCAUGAGCGUGGACAAGCUGCAUGACCUGCUCUUCUCCGCAGACACACACUUCAUCCAGCAUCUCUUCUCCCAGCGGCACUUCACAGACCUGUCAGUUCGCGAGUGGCAGCAGGACAGCUGCAGUGGGAACACCAACCGGAUCCUGAGUUACACCAUCGCCAUCAACAACCCCCUGGGCCCCAAGACCGCCCCCGUAGUGGAAACUCAGACGCUGUUUAAGAACAGUGCGCCGGGCGAGUGUUACGUGGUGGACUCGGAGGUCAUUACCUCGGGCAUCCCCUACCAGGACUACUUCUACACUGUGCACCGCUACUGCCUCACCGCCAUCAACAAGAACAAGAGCAGACUCCGGGUGUCGUCAGAUAUCUGCUACAAGAAGCAGCCGUGGAGCCUGGUGAAGGCGCUCAUCGAGAAGAACACCUGGAGCGGCAUCGAGGAGUACUACAGACACAUGGAGAGUGAGGUGUGUAAGCUGGAGACCCUGCUCCAGUCUGAGGUGUCAGUGGUGACCUCUGGGGAUGUGGUGGGGGCAGACUCUGCCAAGACACCCCCAGCCCUGCGGCGACGCAAACGCACCUGCUCCCGGCGCCUGGCGGACCGGGAAAGAGAGGGAGGUGGAGAGCGCGGGGACCGAGGAAUAGGAGAGGAGCGGAGAGAGGCGGGUGGUCAGUACAAGCACGGAGAGCGCUCGCGUGGCGGAGGCAACAGCAUCUCUACCAUGCUGCUCAUAGUCAGCUUCAUGAUCUGUGUCAGUCUGGUGGUGUUGGUGGCCCUCAACAUGCUCUUGUUUUACAAGCUGUGUUCUCUGGAGAGAGCUGCACACACACUGGAGACGUGGCACUCCUUCUCUAUGUCUGACAGUCCUCUACCCCAGUCGGCAGGAGAGUGGGCCCAGGUGUUGCAACUCCAGAGACAGUUCCACCAGGCCCAGCUGGGCAAAUGGCAACAGAUCCUCCAAUCCUCAGUCACUCUGCUAGACCAGAUGAAACAGUCGUUGGAAAAGCUCCACCGAGGCGUCGUCACUCCAGAAGUCCAGCAGGAUCCCCCCUCGAACCCCACUUCAGAGUCUCUCACUGAGCACUGAUCCUCCCUCCCUCCACCCUCCACCCUCCAGCCCUCAAGUGGGUAUGAAUGGUCCACGGGGGGAGAGAACCACGGUGGAGGUGGCCAGAGGGGGAGGGUCCAGCUGGGCCAAUCAGGGAGAGUGACACUCUCUCUCACCCGAUCCCAAGCUCCGCUCCUGCUUCUCUACUCAAAACAGACAGGGAUAGAUGUGGGGGGCGGGGUCCCCACGCCUCAGUCUGAGCAACCUGCAAUGAGGUGGGUGGUGAGUGACCUUUGGGGUACUACACUACCCAUAUCUCCCCACACCUCAGUCUGAGUAACCUGCAAUGGCAAAGUCUCACCUUCUCUCACGCCCAGACAGACUGGGAAUGUCUUCAGGACUACAGCAAUAACAUAGCACGGUGAGCCAACCAUAUCUCCCACAGUCAGGGCUAAAGGCUGGCCAAUUUGUAUAGUACCAUCUGCUCCUCACAUGCAACCAAACAUGCUGCUCACCCUGAACCAUCUCCCCUGCUUGAGAAUCCAAGAGACAUUUUCAAAAGAAAACGGACGAACUACUGCAUUUCAACAUGUGCAGCCCUGCUGCUGCGUUUCAAAUGGACAGACUCCGGUCCAGCGCAUUUCAUAACGGACUGACUUGACUUGGACCGACUGCAUUUCUCAAAAUGGGCCAACCCAGAUUUAACUUUGCGUUUCAAAAUGGAUGGACUCUGACAUUUGGGAAAUUGGGAGCUUUCCCAGCCCUGAUAAACAGCUAUGGCUCUGUUCCCAGCUGAAGCCAGCCUAGGGGACUUAUGUGCCUCGGUGUGAGGGGUCCGCUCAGCUAAGUCCCCCUUGAGCCUCUGGAAAUGAAGGACACAUGACGAGGGAGGGGAAAGCUCUGAUGGAUUACAGAAAGUCUCCUGUUUCUAACACUUUGUUUUUUUUUUUUUUUCGUUCUCUCUCAUUCUCUCUCCAUCUGGGUUCAGCAGCUUCCAUCUUAGACUUGAUCUGCUAUUGGAGAAUCAUUUCCAAACAAUACUUUAUUUUUUAUUUUUAGACGUUAAUAAUCCAAAAAGACUCCUAAAUCUGCUACUAGCUCGAUUUUUAUCGUUAGCUGUCUUUUUGAGGGUGACUGGGUUGGUUCGAGAAUUGCGAGCGAAUGAGUGUGCGCGCCAGACCGUUCCAGUAUUUAUUUAGCACGACUUUGAUUUCGAAAAGUCCUGUCUCGCUCUCAACACGAGUGAUUUUCUUUUUCCCCCUAUAUGUUCUGUGUUAAUGCUUCAGCGCGGACCAAGAAAGAGCUGUUAAGUUAAUCUUUUAUAUUUACUGGUCAUAGCAAUAAGGAUAUUUGGAGAUUUUGUAUCCUACUUUUGAAUGUGUAAAAAGUAGUGUAUCACUAAAGUGUGUUUAGGGCAAAAUGAGACAAGCAAGCGAAGAUCUGGAGUUGGACAAGAAGACGGAGAUGUAUGUGUAUUAGAAAGGAGUGUCCUCAACGUCACAUUGUCACUGUUACAUUUGGUAUUAUUAAGAUGAGUAUGAUUGAGUUUGUUUUUGUCGGAUACUUUUUUUGUUGUUUUUCUCGCACUUGGUCAACUUCUGAUUGUGUUAUUGGAUUGGACUUGAAGUGUUUCAGGGUUACUGACUGUACUCUGUAGACCCAGGCUCUGCGUACCAAAUAGCACCCCAUUCCCUUUAUAGUGUAGUGCACUACAUAGGAAAUAAUGUGCCCUUUGGGACGCCGACUUUGUAGACCAGGUAAACAGAGGGAUGCAAUAAACUAGUGACUUUCUAGUGUAAACUGGGCUGGACUUAAAAAGGACCAACCAGAAGUGUAGGCCUGGAUAAAGGGAAAUAUUGCAGUAUUGUUUUUGUGAGUUCAAAUGGAUGUUUAUAUGUUGCUCCUUUUCAUUUUUAUCUUUAUUUUGUAGUCUGUCUUGUUUCUUCUUGUUUUUGUUUGUCGGAGGGUCAUCUCAUUUUAUUUUCUGCUCACUCCCAUCAAAAACCAUCUUCUCUUCCUAAUUAUUUUCCCUUUCAUCUCCCCUCCUAUUGUCUUUUUCACUCUUCCUCUCUCUCUCUUCCAUCGUUGUACUGCCCCCCCCCCUACUCUUUCCGUCUCUUGCCUGUGCACUGAGUAAGUCAGCUGUGUAAAUGUGUGAGCCUUGCUGUGCACGGCCAAACAGUGAGUGAUCAAAGGAUGUACUGUAUUUAUUAGGUUCAGGGAGGAAAGUGGGGGGGUGGGGAGCAAAUGUACUGUAAAAGAUUUGAUUGUACACAAUGCCCUGGAGAGAAAUGAAAAGUUCUAAAAUAUGCAACAACUCAUCGGAGUGUUAUUAUUUUUUUAAGUGUGUGUCAUCAACCAUUUUCAUAAAGUUUAACUAAAAAAGUAUUUCAAAACA